UCGUUAAAAUGUAAACACAUUUGGUUUGUGAUUAUUUCAGGGCUCCUGAACAGAAUGAGUUGAAGCGUAUGUGCAAGGAAUUUGAAAGGCCUGAACUAAGAACUAACUUUGGCAUAAGGGAAACUUGUAAAACAGAUCAAAAAGUUGGGAGCUUGUCUACACAGGGAGAAACAGAAAGCUUUUAUCAACGGUCUAAGAAGAAUUGUUUGGAAAAAUUUUGCUCUGAUUCAAGCUCGGACUGUGGAAGUUCUUCAGGAAGUGUACGUGCCAGUCGUGGUAGCUGGGGCAGCUGGAGUAGCACAAGCAGCUCAGAUGGAGAUAAAAAGCCCAUGAUUACUACCCGGCAUUUUCUUCCGUCAAGGGAGAAUAUUUCACAAAAUGAUUUUCCAACUGAAACUCCCAUCACUUUAAAUCUGUCUCAUAACAUCUGCAAUACCAGCAGAGACAUAAAUACUGUCCCCCAGUAUCCAGAAACCGUAUGUACCAACUUCACUGACAUAACUGCAGAUCCUGACAAAAAUAAAGGUCUUUAUCCUACAGGAGACUUGUGGCCUGCUCAACCAGUCUGUUUGACAAAUAGCUUAAACUAUAACCUUGAGAAUAACGUACCAUGCAUGAUCCAGGAAACCCCUUCGGUUCACAAUAGCUUCAUUGAUUGGAAUGCAACUUGUGAUAGCCAGUUUCCCAACAUGUAUUGCCCAUUAGAGAUGAAUGAAUACAGUGCUUUUCCAGAAGAAAACAUGAAUUACCCCAAUGGCUUCCCAUGUACUGCAGAAGUUCAAAAUACUGCCUUCAUUGAUCACAAUUGUCAGUCUACCUGGAGCGCUCCACCCAACAUGGCGCCUACCUGGGAACCAGCCAGUUACGUCAACUCUUCACCCUACCUCUCAAGUGCCAGAAGCUUGUCCCCAAUGUCUGGACUUUUUGGUUCCAUCUGGGCACCUCAGAGUGAUGUCUAUGAAAGCUGCUGCCCAGUCAGUGCCACCGGUCAACACUCAGCUCAUGUUGAGAACCAGGCAGUUAUGUGUAAGCAGGAGUAUUAUCCAAGGUUUAACCCAUUCCGUGCCUAUAUGAACUUGGACAUAUGGACUACAACCACCAACCGGAAUGCAAAUUUCCCACUUUCUAGGGACUCGGGUUAUUGUGGAAACAUGUGACAGGAAUUUGAUUUUAAAAAUGUGAAUAAAGAUGCUUGCAAUUUUGAUUACUAGAUUAAGCUGGUUAUUGAACUAGAUUACAGUGUUGGUGGAUAUUUUGGCACUUUUAUAUGGACAAUAAAUUUUUUUUUACAGAAA